ACUUGAGCUAUGGCGAAGCAGAACGAUGGCCUCUUCCUCCUUGAAGUACUCAUUGAUAAAAUAAUAUUUGUGAAAAGUCCUUGUUUUUCUGACAAAGAUUUUAGAACUUGUAUCAAUAUAAAAAGCCCAGGAGUUGAACCUAUGGAAAUAUGUGAUGAUGAGCCCGGGUCAUGUGUAGCAAAAAGUAACGGCCCAUUUAUAAAAUGUUUCAACAGUGGAAAGUCGUGUCUUUUUUCCCUGACUGAGAAUGACAUUUCUUCCGCAAUGUCCAAAUUUCCAAUAAUGGUAUCAGUUUAUAAAUCUCUACCAUGUGGUUGUCUACCUACUAAAAUAAACAUGGGAGAAUGUGAAAUUGAUAUGACAAAGGAAUUCGUAGAAGCCCGCAAAACCUUUUUAGAAGAUCCUACUAAUGUUAGUUAUCAAGCUCUGAAGGAUUCGUUUCGGAUUGUUGGACCUGACAAUGCAGAAACUGGGGAAAUAAUCAUGUUUCUACGAAUAUCUUGUUUUGGAAAGCUCAUUGUAACAAAAUUUCAAGGACCUGGUAGUCCACCGAACUUAGGAGCUACGAAAAGUUCUGCUAUCGUCGAUAGAUCAUGCGCACCAAACAAAGAAUUUCAAAGUAUGCAAGAUCCAUGCGCAUGCGGCGCUGCUCGAGGUUCAAACCGAGGUCAUAGUCAGUCUUGUAAUGUUAAAGGCGGAGGUGGCGUUUGUCCAAAAGCUAGAGACCCUUACAACAGCAUGCCUUGUGAAGAUACUGAUGAUCCUUGUUAUUGUUCGGGGCCAAAAUCUCCGGCUAAGGAAAAAAUGGAGUGUCGCAAUACUGACCCGUAUUGUUUGCACGUACCUAAAGGUCGCAAUAAGGAUUUCGAAGAGAUAGGCACAACCCUUGGCGGCAACGAGUUAAAGAUAAAAGUCCCUGCCAGUGCUUCUGUUAUUAAGAAGAUAAGUCAAACACACUGUUUGAUGCAAUAUCCUUAUACUAAAGGAUCAGUAAACAAUGGACCGUGUAUGCCCCCUUGUGGAAAGAAUCAAAUAAGCUUGGCCCUUCCAACCGAGAUGACUUGUUGUCAAGGGGCACAACCUGCUGAAACGCAAUUCACUUGUACAACAGACGGUUGUCUCCAGACAACCAAGCAUAAUCAACAAGCAGCGAUAGCACGUGGCGACGGAAAACAACAAACUGAAUUACCUAACCGAGAAGUAUUCGUGUUAAAAGUAGCAAAAACGGCUUUGAUUAAUGAUAAAAAAUGCAAAUUCGAGCUUGAACUCGUCACGCCUAAGGGUCCUGACAAAAAACCUCCUGUUAGAAAAAUGAAUUCAUGUCUACAAUCUGAUAUUGACUGCUUUUGUUAUUGCUGUCCCACUGGGAACAAGGUUGUGUUCCAAAUACCUAUGGAUUCCUGCGACCUCGGCCAUAAACAACGGGCACACUUUAAUUUUUCUUCUGACGGAGUGGGGGACUUAGCCAGAGAAGAACCUGGUCAACUCUUGCCUACAUCAGCACCAGAUUACCAUGGAGUAGUAUAUGAUUUCCCAAACCAAGUUAUAAAAAUGAGAAUUGGCAAGACUAUUGAAAUGCCCGGGAGAAAAACGAAACUUGAAUAUCAGUUUAUAACACCGGUUGCAACAUACGAAAAAAUUGUUCCAGUCAAAGAUAAUCGCACAGCACAAUAUACUAACCAACCAACAUGUACACCGCUGAUGCCGUUAAAUCAAGAUCUGGUGGAUGAACAAAAGAAACGUUUGGUAUAUUUGACAAACGUAAAAUACAUUCAAGACAAUUUUUUAGAUAAUCAUAGCAAUACUACACAACUGCCCAUUUUAAAUGAUGAUUUGAAAGUAUUAUGCUGUCCUUCUGAAGUUCAUACUAAAGAGCAUAGUUUAAAUAAUUAUGUUUCCUUCACAUCAAACACAUCCAAAUUAACAUUAAUGUCAAAAAAACGCUCUUUGUCGUCCUUAAACAAAUCGAAAAACUUUUGGGAAACCUGUUUACCUAUUCAAUUUAAUGAUUACAUAAGUAAAUCAGGUAUAUUUGGCAAAAAUCAAAUUUUGGUCUACAUGACAUUAUCGGAUAGAUUAUGCCGCUAUCGAACUUUAAGUACACAAGCUACAGCAUCAAUUAAUAAAUGUUUUCAAGUUAACGACUGGUUUCCUCGUACUCCAAAUAGUAACGUGACUUGUACAGAUAAGAGUUCAUCGUGUGUUUUAUCAACAUAUUAUAGGCAUGAGCAAGUUAUACCCGAUAAAUUAAAUAGCACCAAUGUUUAUUUCUUUGGAAGAAAAAAAGAAACUAAUCCUAAAGCAAAAGGGAUGGGAGCUAAGGUUUCACAUACAAAACUACAAAGAACAAGUCAAACUUCAACUCAUUCAAUAAAAGGUGAGCAAAAAUCAUCAAAAUCCAGUGUGAAAUCAGAAUCCAUUGAAUCAAUCAAAAAACCAAAGUCUAGUCAAGCUACCACAACUGCCAAAAGUGUAACUAUUAAAGAUGAAAAACAGUUAAAACCAUGCCCAGCUUUAAAUGCGACUAAAGGAGAUAUGAUGGUGACUGUUUCUCAUAUAAAAAUUGGUCCUAAAGAAACAUGCCCCAUUCAUGGGAAUGAACCUUGCCAAGGGCCAAAAUGUAUACUGGCAUCGACCGGAGAAGAACAAGGGCCAGUAAAAGUAACUACGGCCAACAAUCCACGAAGAGGAGUAUUCGAAAUAGUUAUUAGGAAAUUGACUGGUGCACCAUUAGCCAAAAACGAGUUAAUGUUAGAGUGGACUCCGCCACCUUCCCGACCACCUGCAUGCAGUGGACCUUUUCCUAUACCAUGCCUCAGACCUAGUAGUUGUCGUCCGCCAAAAUGUAAAUUAGUAGUUUGCCGACCCUCACCAUGCAAGACGAAAUGUUGUAAAAGACCAUGUGGUCGACCUCCCUGCAAAAAGUGUUGUAGGAAUCCGUGUAAGCCAUGUCCACCUAUUCGAUGUACUCCAUGCAAUCCAUGUAAUCAAUGUUACUUAUGUUGCUCUUCACCUUCAUGUAAUUCACCCUCACCAAAGUGUAGCAGAUCCACGUGUACAUCGCCCUGCCGAAGUUCACCUUGUCUUCGGCCCUGUCCUGUAGGACGCAAGCGACACCGCAAAGUACGAAGCCAUCCUAGGAUCAAGCAACAUCUAAAAAGGAUUUCACCCUGCAACAAUCGCUCUAAAACAUGCCCCGUUGUUCGAUGUCGCAGUGUACCUAAUCCGUGCACUGCGUGUUGCUUCGUACCGCCAUUUUGCAUUCCACGAAGGUGUUGCUCGAUCAGUCGAUGCAAGCCACCUAAAAUAUGCCCAAGUACCUGUUCAUCUUAAGACAUCAUUAAAAAG